AUGCGUCCUUUAGACGAGAACGAGACCACCGUCGUCUUCGAGAAGAUCUUCAAAUUCGUCGGCACCAACCUCAAGAACAUCGUCGAAAACCCAUCAAACGAAGGACCCGAAUCAGAACCAGGUCGCUACUGUUUCCGUCUCCAGAAAAACAGAGUCUACUACGUAAGCGAAUCACUAGUGAAACGAGCAACAAACAUCUCCCGGAAAAACCUUAUGUCUCUCGGAACUUGCAUCGGAAAGUACACACACGCCGGAAGUUUCCACCUUACGAUCAUGUCGUUGAAUCUACUGGCGGCGAAUGCUAAACACAAGGUAUGGCUUAAACCCACAUCGGAAAUGUCGUUUCUUUAUGGGAAUCAUGUGUUGAAAGGUGGAUUAGGGAGGAUUACUGAUGGUAUUGUACCUGGAGAUGGAGUUGUUGUGUUCUCUAUGUCUGAUGUUCCUUUAGGGUUUGGUAUUGCGGCGAAGAGUACGCAGGAUUGUCGGAAAUUGGAUCCGAAUGGGAUUGUUGUACUUCAUCAAGCUGAUAUUGGAGAGUAUUUGAGAGAUGAAGAUGAGCUUUUUUAA